CACGCGCGCGUGCCCGGCUGUCAGGCGUGUCUGGGAAGCGCUCGAGCUCCUGGGAGAGUUGUCAGAGCGCGCGCGCUCGGUGCGGAGCAGACAGGCAGCGGUUCGGCUCCGACCCGCCUCGUUGUUGUUGUUGUUGUUUGUGCGGCGCGUGUUUUGUUUGUUUCUCGCGUGGACAAAAUGCGGUUCUGACAGCAGCCGGGCUGCGGGCGCCGCCGGCUCCUCCUGACCGGAAAAUGAAGCGUCUCUGUCGGAGGCUGGCGGUGGCCGUGGCGGUGCUGGUGUGGCUGGGAGCGUUGGUUUACCUGCUGGUGCUGAGCCGGAGGCGGCUGCCGGAGCUCGGCGCGGGCGGAGCCGGAGGAGCGGCGGGAGGCGGGGAGGCGGCGUCCAGCCAGCUCUCGGAUGCAGAAUGGGAGGACAUGAUGGAGGGUUUUGAUGAGCGGAGUUACCUGAACGCUCGGCGCUGGAAGCCUGGCGACGACCCGUACACACUGUACGCCUUCAACCAGAGGGAGAGCGAACGCAUCCCCAGCGACCGAGCCCUGAAAGACACCCGACACUACAGUGUUUUAAACAGAACUCCAGUUCAUCUAAUCCAUGAGAUCAUUCUGGUGGACGACUUCAGUAACGACAAAAGUGACUGCCAGCUGCUCACUAAGCUGCCCAGAGUCAAAUGUCUCCGCAACAACAAGAGAGAAGGUCUGAUCCGGUCCAGGGUCCAGGGGGCCGACGCUGCGAGGGCUAAAGUCCUGACCUUCCUGGACAGCCAUUGUGAGGUCAACAAGGACUGGCUGCCUCCCCUUCUUCAGAGGAUCAAACAGGACCCGAUGCGUGUGGUCAGCCCCGUCAUCGAUAUCAUCAACAUGGACAACUUCGCCUACGUGGCGGCCUCGGCUGAUCUCCGUGGAGGGUUUGACUGGAGCCUCCAUUUUAAAUGGGAGCAGCUGUCGCCUGAACAGCAAGCCCGCCGGACCGACCCGACCCAGCCAAUCAAGACCCCCAUCAUCGCAGGCGGGCUCUUUGUGAUUGACAGGUCCUGGUUUAAUCAUCUGGGCAAGUACGACACCGCCAUGGACAUCUGGGGCGGAGAGAACUUUGAGAUCUCGUUCCGGGUGUGGCAGUGUGGCGGCAGUUUGGAGAUCCUCCCCUGCAGCCGGGUCGGUCACGUCUUCAGGAAGAAGCACCCGUACGUCUUCCCCGAGGGAAACGCCAACACGUACAUCAAGAACACACGACGCACAGCUGAGGUGUGGAUGGACGAUUUCCGUCUGUUUUACUACUCCGCUCGCCCGGCGGCUCGAGGCAAAUCCUACGGAGACAUUCGAGGCAGAGUGGAACUGAGGCAGAAGCUCAAGUGCAAAUCCUUCAAGUGGUAUUUGGACAACGUCUACCCGGAGCUGAGGGUCCCAGAUGACUCGGACUCCCAGUCCGGGGUGAUCAGACAGAGACAGAACUGUCUGGAGUCUCAUAAGGUGGAGGGCCAGGAGACGCCUGUCCUCACGUUGGCCCCUUGCACAGGAACAGAGGGGGGCCCUGCCAAUAAUCAGGAGUGGGUGUACACCCACGGGCAGCAGGUCCGGCACCAGCAGCACUGUUUGUCCGUCUCCACCACCUUCCCAGCCUCGCAGGUCCUGAUGCUGCCCUGCAACAUGGCGGAUGGCAAACAGCGGUGGCAGAAAUCAGGGACUCACUUGGAGCACCUGGUCUCCAGGUUCUGCCUGGACUCGGAGAUGGCUCUGGACGGCAUGGACUCGUCCCGGAUGCUGGUCAUCAGCCCCUGUGAACUGAGCGCCUACACACAGAGGUGGGAGGUGCCCUUCUCCUGACCUCCGUGGUCCGUCUCCUCCACUGCUCCUGCUCUGCACCUCCUCCGUCAGCGGAGAGGACACAAAGCUGCACGGCCCGGAGAGGUGAGAGUCCCGGCACCGCCCUGAGGAGUCUCAGUGAGAGCUGGACAAACGUCGGGUUCAGUAAAGUUCUGCAGCGCAUCCGUGCAUGAAGAGACGAAACGUUUGAGAGUGAAAACAAGUGCGCCUUAAAACCCUGAAACUCUUCUAGGAGAAAACGAAUCACAGUUUUCUGUCAUCUUUUACAACCGCCUCGUCUGUUUCUGCAGAUCUUUGAUAAUCUGAAAGUAAAGCACAGGUAUCACCUGCACCUUCACUGCACUGGACCGGACCAACUGCACCUUCACUGCAUCAGACUGGAUCGGUCAGAUCCAGAUCACUUCUUACUGAAACACGCCCACAGAGUAACGCCCAUGUACCGUAUUUUUCGGACUAAAAGGCGCAUUAAGUGAAAUAAAUUCAUUUUGACACAUUCGUGUACAAAAUAAAAUCUGUUCGAGGUCAGUGAGCACAACCAGAAUUAACACAUAAGGCGCACCGUCGAUUCUUGAGAAAAUUCAAGGAAAAAUACGGUAGAUCAAUGACGGCCAUUAAAACACAAAUCAGAUCUAAUUAAUGUUUAUUUCAUCUGCUGAGCCUAAAAUCUGACGAUCGUGUGUUAAAACAUUUAAACGGCAUAAACAGAUUUUCUGUUUGGACAGUAAAGGGGCUCAUUACCAGCUCGUGAAGACGAACCAAAUAAAACCAUGACGUAAGAAACAAACACCACGUGUUUUUGUUAUUGAUUAGUGGAGCCUUGAAAACGACGUUUGAAAGCUAAAUGUGUGACUGGAUGCUCAACGUGUGAUCAAAAAAGAAAAGCAGCCGAAGUGGCUAAAACAAAUCAAACUUUAGCACUUGUUGACCCACAGAGACGACAGCCGUGACUCAAACAUCCAGCGGUUUAGAUUCAUCUCAGUUCUUUGUUUACGCUGAGCGCAGACCCACAUUUUAGAUUUAAAUAGGAAUAAAUCUGGAGAACUGCUGGAGUCAGCUGUUCUAACGGCACCGCAGAACCAGAACCUUUUGAUGUUUGGCUUCACACUUUGCAACGAGUCCCUUUACCUCUUCGUUUAGUUUUUUUAUUUAAGCGUUGAAGCUUGUCAGCAGCUUUUACAUCGACAUCAUUUCCUGCUUCAUGUGGAUUUUCAAUCAUCCAGUGGAGCCGUUUUCCUUUGUUUCAUAACGGGCCACAUUAUUUGUUUUUAAAGCUCCAGCGUUGGAUGACGUCACCAGUAGAACUAAUUUGUGUUCCUGCUCUUAAUGUCUGUUUUUGUGACACAGUUUUCUCUGAUGCUCUUUGUUUUCUCCAAGUUGCAGCUGAUAAAACCCAUAAAUUGUCAUUUUAACUUUGAUUUGGACACUUUUUCUUUUCUGAAGCAAACUCUUCCCAACUUAACUCACAAAAUACUCAUCAUGGUUCUGGUCACCUGCGGUAAUCAGCAGUAAAAUCAGCAGU